AUGCGAUUCGCUCUCCGUCUCUGCCGCCGCACUCUCUCCCGCCGCGGCGUCGCCACCGUCAGCGCGGCCCUCGCCGACGCCGUCGCCCGUCUGCCGCACAAAGAGGCGCUCCGGAGCGCGUCGCAGGACGUGCGCUGGAGCUUCAAAGAGCUGCGCGAAAAGGUCGACGAAGUGGCCAAUGGGUUCGUCGAGCUCCAGUUCCGCGCGGGUGAUGUGCUGGCGCUGUGGCUGCCGAACAGCGUCGAGAACGUCGUGACGCAACUGGCGGCGGCCCAAGUGGGGCUCACGUCGGCAGUCAUUGCGCCCGACGUGGCGCAGGGCGAAGAGCUCGCGUUCGUGUUGCGCGACAGUUGCGCCAGUGGGCUCGUGUUUGCGCCGAGGCAGGCGGGGCGGAAUCAGACGCACGUGGUGCAAUCGCUGUUCCCCGAACUGAGUACCUUUCGGGAGCGCCAAGAAGUGUUUCGUCCGAAGCACUUUCGUCACUUGCACAGUGUCAUUACGACGAGUUUUGACGUGGUGGAAGGCAUGAUCAAUCUCAGUGGCAUGAUGGUCAACAGCCCCGAGCCGUUUGCCCUGAAAGCCGUGGCCAAGACGCUGAGCGACAAGACGCCAGUUGCAGUCACGUACUCGAAAGUUGAGGGUCAGCAUCCCAAGAAGGGCGCAGUGCUCACUCAUGGCGACCUGUUGAAGCGCGCCGAGGCGUUGGCCCAGAGCUUGCAGUUGACCGCCACGGACAAAGUGCUGCUCACUGGAGAAGAGACUGGUCUGUCGCUUGGCCCGCUCGCUGCUAUCGGUCAGAGCGCACAGAUCGUGCUGCCGUCCAUGGAGUACAGCAAAGAGGCCGUGCUGCAGGCCAUGAAGGUGGAGCAAUGCACUGUCGUAGGCAGCGGACUUGACAACUUCAAGCGUGUGUGA